AUGCCUGAGGCCAGCAUCCUGGUGCGGUUUGCAGAGACUAACCGAGUAUAUACCAACGGUGAUAAAAUUUCAGGCACUGUUACACUGACCUGUUUUGGAAACCUUACCCUCCGGGCUAUUGAGGUGUAUUGCCGUUGUACAGUGGUGGCCUAUGCUACAAUUGGCGAUCAUACGCAGUUUGUGGAGCACCAACAUCUGUUUCAACGUCGCAGGAAACUUUUUCCAGAGUUCCAGCGCUCAGCUGCCCGAAACGUCGAGAAAUUGACUCUCAGGCCAGGCAUAUACACGUUUCCCUUUGAGUUCACGCUCCCCGACAGUGAAGUAGAUCUGCCACAGUCCUUCAACCAAGAAAAUGACAUGUCUGGAGUUUUUUGGCAUGUAAGAGCACGUGUGGAGAGGUGCUCGAAGCUGCAGAAGCCUAUAGUCGGCCAGCUUAAUUUUGCCUUCAUCCCGUCUUCUGUUCGCUCUCUAAACGUCCCUACACGGGAGGUCGUGAAGCAGCAAAAAUUCGUGUUAAGCGUAUGUGAGCCACGCUUAACUAUCCCAGGAUUUCUAGCAAAGAAGAAAAAUCUACCUGUGGAGGUGACCUGCCGAGUUACAUACCCUGCAUCUGGGCUAGCGUUAGGACACUACACAGAGUCGUUUAUUGGUCUCUGGCUCUCAAGCAAUAUUGAGCAUGCCAUCUUUAUUGACCGUAUUUCUGUGUGCGUGCAAGAGCACACCAAGGUCUAUUGCCUUUCGUCGCAAGUCAGGUCCGAAAAGCCUAUUAUAUCGCACCCCUUAGUGGUGUUGACACCACACAUGCUGAUCACCAGGAAAGGUAUAGAUCUUGGCUGGUUACUAGGAGCGAGCAGAAUAAGCAACAUUACUGUGGGUACCAUUCAGCUACCCCACCUGCAUCACGACUUUUCACUGAGCAUAAGCCUUGUGUUUUCGUCGGCAACUUCUCCGCGGCGGCAGCAGGUGGUAACGUUUGUGUCUGAGAUGUUUGUACAGCCCCGUACGAUCUCAAGGGCAUCGAGUGUAGCAGGUUCUUCUCUAACACUGGUAUGUUAG